AUCUGUUCAUUUUUCUUCGAAAAAGAAAUUGAAAAUUGACGGAAAAUUUUGCAAAAAAAGAAAGAAAUUGAAAAUCGACGGCAAUGUCGACGCCAAUUCGAGAUGCAAUCGAGAGUUUCAAGAGCAUAACUGGGGCGUCGGAGUCGGUUGCUUUACGGAAAUUGGAGGAGUAUGGAGGCAAUCUAAAUGCAGCUGUCAGUGCACAUUUUCUUGAAUUGGAAAGAAGCAUUACGAAUCCAACAUCUGCUGUUUCUUCUCAGUAUAAUUCUGUUGAUACGAACAAUCAAAGCAGAGUUGGAUCACGUGGCAUUGUUCCAUUUAUCUCUGCAGUUAGAGGAUUUAGGCCUUCAUUACUGCUUGAUUCCAAUUACAGGAGGAAUUUGCUAAACCAGAUUGGUGGUUCUAAUUUCAAUCACCAUGCAACAUCUCCUCAUAUGGGAGAGGUGACAGGGGUCCCUGUAGGGUUUAACAGUGGAAAUGAGCAUUCUCUUCAUUCAGGAGUGAGACCUCCCAUCAUGGCUUCAACAGGACCACCAUCAUAUUACGGAGGGGGGGCUUCUGGGAAUGUCUCGAGAGAUGGUCAUCAACAUAUCGAUGAUAUAGAAGCUGAAAUGAUGCAAGCUGCAAUUGAGGCUUCUAAGCGGGAGUUUGAACAGACUCAUAUUAAUGAGCAUCGUGUUUCUUCCUAUGAUUCAUCUAGAGUUGGGCUACCACAGAGGCUACUUCAGCAAGAAGAUGAUGAGCUUUCUCGUGCAAUUUCUCUAUCUUUGAAGACAGCAAAUGAAGAGAAAGCAAUACAUAUGAUGAAGGAUCAUUAUGAACAAAUGGGAACAUAUGAUUCAAGUUCAAGAACUGGGGCAACAAUGAAUAACAGCUCAAAGGAGCACCUUUUCCUUGUUAACAAGAAGUGUGCUGAAUUGAAGGCAGGAAACUCAUCAUUUAGAGAACUACCAGUGAAUCAUGAAUCCAGCCAUGAUAGUAACAAUCAUCUUUUCCACAGUAAAUAUUCCUUGAAUUCUAAUGAGUGGGGUGAUAUUUCAUCCGAAGACCUUGAUGAAGCAAUUAUGCUGGAGACCCAACUUUUUAGCCAGAUUCCUAAAGGUCCUUCGUAUCACCCUUCCCAUAUAUCCCAUGAGCAAAGUGGUCCAGGUAGAAGUGCAAGUCCUGGUCUACAGGCUGUAUCUCAUCCACAAUCAUCCUCUUUAGUGGAUCUGCGUUUACUGAGGCAACAGCAGGAUGAGGAGUAUUUGACAUCUCUUUUGGCUGAUAAAGAAAAGGAAAUGACUGCACUCAAGAAAGAUGAAAUUCAUAGUUUGAAAGAAAAAGAAUCUUGCAGCAGGAAGCUUGAAGGAGAGGAAGUUGAAAAGGCAAUAGCUGCUAAAAUAAAUUCACUUCCUCCAGAGCCAGCAAUAGAUGAUAAGAAUGCAGUAACUAUACUUGUUAGGAUGCCAGAUGGCACCCGCCAUGGACGUCGCUUUCUCAAGUCAGACAAGCUCCAGCUUCUUUUUGACUUCAUAGAUGUUGGUAAAGUGGUGAAGCCAGGCACUUACAGAGUGUAAAUGAUUAUAUCUUAUUCCGUUUAAUCUCUUUAUGUGGUGAUUGAAGACAGUUAUUGUAAUCUUCAUCCCUAAGGUCGCCUUUUCCAAUUCAUCCCCGCAAUGCUAGUAUAAACUUUAUAAUCAUAUGAUAAAAGAAUGCAUGAAAGACCUUGUCAAAGGCGGCCAACUACCUGAAGCUUGCUUAGAGUUGCCUGAAACUGUUUUUCAAAUUGAAAAGUACCCAUUGCUCAGCAUGAAUUGGAUUAACAUGUGGUGCUGAGACACUAAUUUUAU